AAUUCUCCGUUCUGGGAACAUCAUCGCAAUUUGAAAUAUUCAGACUUCGCCAUGUCUCAGCCAAUACCGCCAUCUACAUCAAAGUCCGCUCCGGAUGGAGAUCACGCGUCACAUACCGCGGGUGACGAGGCGGCGAUCUCACCAGGCGACCCGACUAUCGGAUACAAGUUCAAUCACAUGAUGCUUCGCAUCAGAGAUCCUGCCCGUUCUUUGCACUUCUAUAUCGACUUAAUGGGCAUGCGAACCGUGUUCACCAUGAAUACUGGCCCAUUCACCAUCUAUUACCUCGGGUACCCGCAAACAACCGAGCACCGCGCCGGCCUUGCAAAAUUUCGCGAGGACACGGUAUCCAAGCUUCCACACACACUGGGACUCUUCGAGCUGUACCAUGUCCACGGUUCAGAGAAUGAGUCUGAAGGGUACUACAGCAACGGAAACCAGCCGCCAAACCUGGGCCUUGGGCAUUUGGGGUUCUCCGUCCCGGAUGUCCCACUUGCACUUGAGCGCCUGAAGGCCAAUGGCGUGGAAGUGGUAAAGGACUUGGGUAGCGCAACACGAGAAGAUGUUCCGUUGAGUUCAUGGGAAGCCGAACGUGGUAUCGGUCUAGGAGAUCUCAAUUCGGCGUACAAGAACGUCUUCGAGCAGAUUGCGUUUGUCAAGGACCCGGUACAGCUGCUGAUGAUUAACUGUACUGCUAGGAUGGAUACAUUGUGGAGCUUGUUCCUCAAAAUCUUCAAGGGCUGUGAAUCUGCCCCAGGUUAA